ACGUCAAAACAGCCCGCAGCGAAACACGAGUACGACUGUGGAGUGCAGACUGCAGAGAGCAAGCGCAACAAGCCACUCCGACACUCCCCAAUCCAAGCGCAGCGAAGCCGCAGCCACCUCGCCGCGAUGAGCCGCCUCCUCUCACGGCGACAAAUCGCAGCCGGCUCCGCCGCCGUCCGGCGAUCAGCUUCCCUCGCCUUCUCUUCCAGGUGGCUGCACACGCCGUCAUUUGCAACGGUGUCUCCCCAGGAGAUUUCAGGUUCCAGCCCCGCGGAAGUGCAGAAUUUUGUGCAGGGCGGCUGGACAGCGUCUGCUAACUGCAACUGGAUAGUGGAUCCUAUAAAUGGUGAAAAAUUCAUCAAAGUUGCUGAGGUUCAGGGAACAGAAAUAAAGCCAUUUGUGGAGAGUUUAUCUAAAUGCCCAAAGCAUGGACUUCACAACCCACUUAGAGCUCCAGAGAGGUACCUCAUGUAUGGAGAUAUAUCUGCAAAAGCUGCACAUAUGCUUGGUCAACCUGAGGUCUCAGAUUUCUUCGCUAAACUUAUCCAGAGAGUAUCUCCAAAGAGCUAUCAACAAGCUCUCACAGAAGUUCAAGUUUCUCAAAAGUUCUUGGAAAACUUUUGCGGAGAUCAGGUACGCUUUCUGGCUCGGUCAUUUGCUGUACCUGGCAACCAUCUUGGACAAAGAAGUAAUGGCUACCGUUGGCCAUAUGGUCCGGUUGCAAUUAUCACACCAUUCAAUUUCCCAUUGGAGAUUCCCUUACUGCAAGUAAUGGGAGCACUAUACAUGGGAAAUAAGCCAGUCCUCAAAGUUGACAGCAAGGUUAGCAUUGUGAUGGAACAAAUGCUUAGGUUGCUUCAUGAUUGUGGAUUGCCAGCAGAGGAUAUGGAUUUCAUAAAUUCUGACGGCGUCACAAUGAACAAGCUGCUUUUAGAGGCUAAUCCGAAAAUGACCCUUUUCACUGGAAGCUCGCGGGUAGCAGAGAAACUGGCUGCUGAUUUGAAAGGCCGAGUCAAGUUGGAAGACGCUGGUUUUGAUUGGAAAAUUCUUGGUCCAGAUGUCGAAGAGGUUGAUUACAUUGCAUGGGUUUGCGAUCAGGAUGCUUAUGCUUGCAGUGGUCAGAAGUGCUCUGCUCAGUCUGUUCUAUUCAUGCACAAGAAUUGGUCUUCUAGUGGGUUGCUUGAGAAAAUGAAGAAACUUUCUGAAAGAAGGAAGCUCGAAGAUUUGACAAUUGGCCCGGUCCUUACGGUUACUACAGAAGCCAUGAUAGAGCACAUGAACAGCCUUCUCAAAAUACCAGGAUCAAAGGUUCUGUUUGGCGGUGAACCUUUGGAGAAUCACUCUAUUCCAGAAAUAUAUGGUGCUGUGAAGCCAACUGCUGUAUUUGUUCCUCUAGAGGAAAUCCUGAAAAGUGGGAACUUUGAGCUUGUGACAAAGGAGAUAUUUGGUCCGUUCCAGGUGGUUACAGAGUACUCUGAGGAUCAGCUUGAAUUAGUAUUAGAAGCCUGUGAAAGGAUGAAUGCACAUCUGACUGCUGCAGUAGUUUCAAAUGAACCGUUAUUCCUGCAGGAAGUACUUGGGAGAUCUGUUAACGGGACAACAUAUGCUGGAAUUCGAGCAAGGACCACCGGCGCUCCGCAGAACCACUGGUUUGGACCGGCUGGUGACCCGAGAGGUGCAGGGAUCGGAACUCCAGAAGCCAUCAAACUCGUUUGGUCUUGCCACAGGGAGAUCAUAUAUGACAUCGGGCCCGUGCCCAAGAACUGGGCACUUCCUUCUGCAACAUAAAUAUGUUGAAGUUCGCGCUAGCUAGCUAGCUAGAAGAGGAGUUUGCGUCAGGAAUAAAAGGGGAAGAGAAGCUGACAGGACCGGAGUAGUCAGGAACAGAAAACGUUUUGAAUUAUUUGCCCGUUUAGGCAUUUUCUGUACCCUCCAGAAACACAAUAAAGGGUAGAAACACAAUAAUUUGAAUAAGGAUGUAUUUGAUUCAUGGGACAUCCUUGGAUGAGAUAUGGCUAUCCAGGUUUUUGAGGGUGUUUGUUUAUAGGCCAGUCUAGAUGGGAUUGUCACUUUGAGCGAAUAUUCUUAAAAAAUGCUGGACGGACCUUCUAUGUUUUGGAUGA